UCCCCCCUUUCCUACUUCCAUUCUAUGGUUUCACCCUUUUCUUCAUCGCUUCUAACCUUUGAAUUCACGAAUUUUAACAUGGUGUACGAGGUUUCGGCAAUUGGGUGCUCUUGGUUUCGCUCAAAAUCCGGUAAAGUUUCCAGCUUGCAAAAGAUGUGGGGAGAUAUUGUGAACCAUACGUCUUGUUGAUUUCUGGGUCUGAGUGAAUCGGUUGAGUCUUGGAUCUGGAGCUUUCUGCAUUUGGGUCGUUGGGUUCCUGCCAAAAUGAGCUGUCUUUUAGCUAAAAAUUUGAAUUUGUAGUUGAAGGUUUGUGUUUUGAAUUUGAUUGUAAGAUGAAUUAGGGUUAUUUUAUUGGGAAAAUUGUUGGAGAGGAUCAAUGACUGCGGGAACAGAUAUAUCGCCGCCUCAGGUUCCAAGGGUGGAUGGAGGGUGCAGUAUAAAGGGUGUUGUAAAUGAAGUAGAGGAUCAAAAUGAGGAUAAAUUGAAGAAUUUGAAUCAAGGGAACUCCGCUAAACCUCCAAGAAACCUCUCUGCUAUGCGGCAUUGUAGCAGCUCCGCUAGGUUGAUUGAACCGGAAUUAGAUGUUGGGAUUAUGGGCUCCAAGCCACAACAUGAGAAUUCUGGGUUUAUACCUGUUUUCCAUUCAGGAAGCUGUUCAGAGAAAGGACCGAAACAGUACAUGGAGGAUGAGUUUAUUUGCGUUGAUGAUCUUCGGCAACAUCUUGGUUCAGCUGCAAAUCUUUCUUCUCAAGGAGCAUUUUAUGGGGUGUUCGAUGGACAUGGUGGAACUGAUGCCGCAUCAUUUACCAGAAAGAACAUCCUUAAGUUUAUUGUUGAAGAUUCUCACUUCCCAACUGGCAUAAAAAAGGCACUUAAGAGUGCUUUUUUGAAGGCUGACCAUGCACUUGCUGAUGCUAAAUCCCUUGAUAGCUCAUCUGGCACCACAGCUUUGACUGCCCUGAUUCUGGGAAGGACCAUGCUCAUUGCAAAUGCUGGGGAUUCUCGAGCUGUGUUGAGUAAACGGGGAAGGGCAAUUGAGCUGUCCAAAGACCACAAACCCAAUUGUACCUCUGAAAGACUAAGAAUAGAGAAACUGGGUGGUGUCAUAAAUGAUGGCUACCUCAAUGGACAACUAUCAGUUGCACGUGCUCUUGGAGACUGGCACAUUAAGGGCUCUAAAGGUUCAAAAAGCCCCUUAAGCUGUGAACCAGAGUUGGAAGAGAUUGUCAUUACAGAAGAAGAUGAGUUUUUGAUAAUAGGCUGUGAUGGACUAUGGGAUGUGAUGAGCAGCCAGUGUGCAGUUACAAUGGUGAGGAAGGAGCUCAUGCAGCACAAUGAUCCUGAGAAGUCCUCAAGAGCAUUAGUUGUGGAGGCACUCCAACGCAACACAUGCGAUAAUCUCACGGUUGUGGUGGUAUGUUUCUCUGCAGACCCGCCUCCUAAGAUUGAAAUUCCUAGAUCGCAUAGGAGGAGGAGUAUAUCAGCUGAAGGGCUGGAUCUUCUUAAAGGUGUCUUAAACAAUCCAUAAAACAAGAAGUAUCCAGAGAUUGUACAGAUAAGGCUGGAGGUUUACUACCAUCAAAUGGGGGAUUUUUCUGAGUUACUGCAUUCCCCUGCUGUGGCUGGACAGAGCGGAUGGUUUCUUAGCAUAACAUUCUGUACAUCUGAUAUACUUUGUCCUUUGAUCAUUGACCAGUAUUUUUUCAAGUUGCAGUACUAAUUAAACUGCUAAUAAGUAGUCUCAAUUUUUACCGGAAACAGUCUCAGCAUGUUCUUCCACCAUGGCUUAAGGACCUAGUAGCAAGCUCCAAAAGGCGGUGGAAAGUAUAGAUUUCAAGAAAUUUCUCCCUCAGAAAUUUGGAUGAGCAGGCUGGGAACUUGGGACUACAGUAAUAUCUUCUUUUCUUAUGUAUAAGUAUACCAUUAGAUAUUAGCCAAGUAGCUUUUAAACGUCCUAAUGCCUACGAGUUCUGUUGUAAACAUUAAGGCUUGACAUCUCUCUUGGAGCUCAGACCUCAGAGCUUUAAACACUUUUCUUCUCUCUUUUGUCUUCUUCUUCUUUUAUUUAUUUUUAUUUUUAUUUUUAUUUUUUUCUCUUUUACACCUAUAGUUUCUGCAAUAUGUCAAACACUUAAGAGAGUUGAUGAAAUGGUAAUCAAUUUUGGACCUCAGA